AUGAAAACGGAAAUUAAAAAAUACGCCAAAAGUGACGAAUAUUGGCAUCAAAUAGAGCUCUCAUUAAUACAGUUGACGGGCAUUGAAGACGGGUAUAGAGCGGCUCGCGAUGGCGUCCAACCACUCGGCGCUCGCAUUGAUUUGUCAGCAAACGGUCUAUUGUUGUUGAAUCUGAUCACCGAAUUGGGAGAACUCGAACAGGCGUUGAAUCGGACAAAGAAAACGUUUGAGUUGUCGGACGGCCGGUGCUCUGCCAUCGUUAAAGUGCUCGAAGACGGCAGCGAUCUGUUUGUCUCGCAUAACAGUUGGUCCGGCUAUUCAACAAUGUUGAGGAUUCUCAAGAAAUACAAUUUGAAUUACAAGAAUAUCGCCGGACAGCACAUCUCAUUCUCCUCAUACCCGGGCAUUAUCUUCUCGAUCGAUGACUAUUACCUCAUUUCUAGCGGUUUAUUAGUGUUGGAGACGUCUAUUGGCAACUAUAACAACAGUUUGUGGCCGAAAGUGGUGGCCGACAAAGUGGUCUUUGAGUUCAUCCGAAACACUGUCGCUAACCGAAUGGCCCGAACCGGCAAAGAGUGGUCGCAGAUAUUCGCAAAGUUCAAUAGUGGCACUUAUAAUAACCAAUUCAUGAUUAUUGACUACAAUAAGUUCGAGAAAGGAGUCAAACCAUCCGAUUUGGCGAAUGACGUGCUUUGGAUUGUGGAACAAAUACCCGGGUAUAUAGAGUCGGCUGACGUGACACACGUAUUACGGGAACAACACUAUUGGCCCUCAUAUAACGUUCCCUACUUUAAAAGCAUUUACGAUAUGAGCGACUAUACGUCUCAAUACAUUAAAUACGGAGACUUUUUCAGCUACGAGAAGACGGCCCGCGCUCUCAUCUUCAGACGAGACCAGAACAAAGUGACGGAUUUGGACUCACUUUACAAACUUAUGAGAUAUAAUGACUUCAAGAAUGACCCGCUUUCCCGAUGCAAUUGCAGUCCUCCCUAUACGGCUGAGUACGCGAUCGCCGCCCGCUGUGACCUCAACGACCCCAACGGUCGAUAUCCGAUCGAUUCCCUCGGCUUCCGAUCCCACGGAGCCAUUGAUGUUAAGCUGACAAACAGUGAUCUGUUUUCACGAUUAGAAAUGAUUGCUAACAGCGGACCCUCUUAUGAAGAACAGCCACCUUUCCAGUGGUCUAACACCCGGAUAGUGGGUGUCCUCCAUAGCGGACAACCCGACACAUUCAAGUUUCCGGCCGUUCACGUCAAAUGGACGCCAACUCUUAUGCAUCCCAUUAGCUUUAGAUGA